AUGAGUUUGGUGGGCCCGAAUUUUCGAUUUUGUGCCCGCAAGGGUUUGGCGGGGGAAAAUUUUGACUGGGAGGGCAAGGGGUUUUGUGAAAAGGGGGGACCAGGGGGGAGGUCGGGCCGGGCUUGGUCGAGGGGAGGGGGGCGCAGGGGAAUCCUGGAAGCCCUGGGGUGUCCUGGCCCCUCAUUCCCUGCCUUUCCCCCAGACCUGGGCACCCCUCUGGGCCUGAGCCGGCAGCACCUCAGUUACCUGCAGGAGAUCGGCAGCGGCUGGUUCGGGAAAGUCAUUCUAGGGGAGAUCUUCUCAGAUUUCAGCCCGGCCCAGGUGGUGGUAAAGGAGCUGAGGGUCAGCGCUGGGCCCCUGGAGCAGAGAAAGUUUCUUUCCGAGGCUCAGCCUUACAGGAGCCUGCAUCACCCCAAUGUUCUCCAGUGCCUGGGGCUCUGCGCCGAGACCCUGCCCUUCCUUCUCAUCAUGGAGUUCUGCCAGCUGGGAGAUCUGAAGCGCUACCUGAGGGCCCAGAGGCCCCCCGAGGGCCUCUCCCCGGAGAAGAUUAUUACUACCCCUGAAGCGGGAUCCCGAGAGGGUGCCCCGGUUUUGGGAAUCCAUGGGACCUUCAUGGUGGUGGGAAAGGGAGAGAAUUUGGAGGAGGAGGAGGAGGAAGGGGAGGAGAGCUCCCUGGGAGAGGGGAGCAGCAGCGGGGGGCGCCGCAGCCGCCGAGGCCCCCUCCCCUGCCCUCUCUGCAGCCACCAGGGGCCCUGCUCCUGCCUCCCCCUCCAGCGCGGGGAGAUGGUGUCCGGCUGGGGCGGCCACCCGGCCCUGGGCUGCCCCAACCCCCCGGAGGACGACUCCUCGCUCAGGGCUGAGCGGGGGUCAUUAACUGACCUCCCCUUGCCCCCCCCCUCUUCGGCCCCCCCCGAGUUUCUGGACCCCCUGAUGGGGGCGGCGGCGCCCCAGUACCCCGGGCGGGGGCCCCCCCCGGCCCCCCCUCCCCUGCCGCCGCCGCCACCUCCCGCCCUGCCCCCUCCUCCCGCCCGGGCUCCCCCAGACCCAGCCGAAUCACCCGAUGCCCCCUCGGGACUUGGCAGCCCCGGAUCCGGUCUCUCGUCUCCGGGCCCCAAGCCGGGGGACAGCGGCUACGAGACGGAGACCCCCUUCUCCCCCGAGGGGGCGUUCCCAGGUGGGGGGGCGGCCGAGGAGGAGGGGGUCCCUCGGCCACGGGCUCCCCCCGAGCCGCCCGACCCGGGAGCCCCCAGGCCACCCCCCGACCCGGGCCCUCUCCCGGGCUUCCUGGUACAGGUGAGCACAGAGCAGCUCCUGCUGUCCUUGAGGGAAGACGUGACCCGCAACGUGCUGGGAGAGAGGGCAGCCCCCAAGGCAGGGAGGACCCCGCAGGGCCCCCAGACCGUAGGCCAGGCAGCCCCCGGAAACCGGGAGAAAGUCCUGGGCCCGCCCGGAAGGGCAGCCCCAGGGAACAGGGAGAGAGUGGCGGAGAACGGGGAGCCCGCGUCCCCGCCGAGCGGGGAGAAAGCGGAGAGCGGCGGCCCGAGGCCCCCGGGGAGCCAGGAGAAGCUCCUGGAGAACGGGGCGCAGACGCCCCCGGAAAGCAGAGCGACACUAGUGCAGAACGGGGGGCGGACGCCCCCGGGAAGCAGAGAGACGCCAGUGCAGAACGGGGGGCAGACACUCCCGGCAAGCAGAGAGACGCCAGUGGAGAACGGGGAGCAGACACCCCCAGGGAGCUCGGAGAAAGCGCCAGAGAAUGGGGACCUGAGGUCCCCAGGGCGCAGGGAGAAAGCGUCAGAGAAUGGGGGGCAGAGACCCCCAGGGAGUGGGAAGAAAACCCCCGAGGGUGGGGAUCCAGCCCCCGGGAUCCAGGAGGAGAGAGUCCUAGGGAAUGGGGAGAGAUGUCUGCAGAAUGGGGAGCAGCAAGUCCCAGGGAGCAGGGAGAACACCCCCAGUUUGGGGAGCCCGGCCAGGAGCCCGGGGAGCGGCGAGCCAGUCCCCAGGAGUGGAGGGCAGGCUCGAGGGAUCGGGAGGAGAGCCCCGCCAGAGCCUGGGGUUGGGCCCCAGUGGGUCAAGCUCUGGGGGAAGGAAGGCCCAGACGCAGGGACCCGGAGGCGGGGCGGAGCGCCCCCGGGCGAGACGGGCUGGGAACGGGAGAGGGGACCCCACCAGGGGAGGAAGGGCCCCGAGAUGCCUCGGCUCUUCCUGGAUUUGGGCCCCACGGGGAGCAGCAGCAGACGGGAGCGGGACUGGGGGCGGCUACCCACCGCGCUCAGGGCGCUUAGAGAUGCCCAGAAUCUCCCUCCCUGCCCCCCUGUGGAGUUCCGGGAGAGAAGCCUCCCCUGGAAAGUUUCCCUUUUCACGAACUUGCCCCCAGGCUACUCCGGAGCUGGAAAGGACCGGAAGUCCCCUGUUGCCUUCCUGGCCCCCCUCCGCCUCCCACCCUGCCCUGGGCCCUGCGCCCCCUGGGAGGCUGGGGACGCCGGGGUCCUUGGCGCGGAGUCAGGCGGCCCGGGGGCCCUGGGGCUGCUGGAGGACGGGGAGGACGAGGAGGAGGAGGAGGACGACGGGGCGGCCGUGGGGGAGGGCGAGGAGGCGGCGGCGCGGGGCCCUGGGAGGGGCCGGGCAGCCCCGGUGCCCAUCGUGGUGAGCAGUGCCGACGGGGACCGGAGCCGCCCGCUCCGGGGGCUGCUCAAAUCGCCCCGAGGGGCCGACGAGGCCGAGGAGAGCUUGGAGCUGGAGCGGAAGCGCAAGAUGGUCUCCUUCCAUGGGGAUGACCGCCACCUCCGACAGGUCCGAGACCUGGAUUCCAAUCCCCCAUGCCGAGUGCUUCCCCCGGUGCCACCAAGAGUGCCCCCAGGGCCCCUGGCCCAGCCGGGGGUGUGUGUGGCCCCCCCGAGUCCCGGUGACUGCCUGGGACAGGGCGCUGACCUCGGCUUGGGGAAAACCGGGCGCGGGGGACUUUUUUUGCCGGCCCGGGGUCUUCCUGCACCCCCUUCCCUGACCCGGCCCCGCGGCUGUUCCAGGAGACCCCGACCAACAGCUGAGGUCCGGUCCCCCGAACCCGAGUUUCGAGCCCCAGCCCCCCGACCCCCUCAUCCCCCAGCCCUGGAGAUGGGUUCCCCGACAGCGGCUUCGGAGGCAGUUUCCCGGUGGGGGAGGAUUUUGCCCCCUGCCAGGCCCCCCCACUUGUUCUCCCGCCUCCUCCCUGCACUGGAGACCCCAGGGGCCCCGGCCAGGCCCCCCGACGCCGUCUGCCCCGCAGGUACUCUGCGUUCUGCCCUCGGGUCCCGCAGGCUGGUGGGCAAAGGAGGCUGGGAGAUGGGCCGGGGACAUGAACAUGGCGAUGGGAGGAGCCGGACUGGGGGCUGGGGAGGGGCUGUGGGAUGGAGAAGGGCCUGGAGCGGUUCCGGGGCCAGAGAAGUGAGUGUGGAGAUGGGCCGGGUCAGGGGGGAACAGGAGGGAGGGCAGGGACAGGGAGACUGGGGAGGGAGGGAGGGCAGGGGGACCAAGGAGGGAAGGCUGAGAGACUGA